AUUACGUAUCUAUCUGUAUAUCACCUCAGGCUUACUUGUGCAGAAACACAUGGUAUGCAGUAUACAUGAAAUAACUAUAGUAGGCUAAUUGCUACAAUAGUAAAUAUAAUCACGUCACCAACGCCUCUUCAGUCACUGUAGCUUCCAUAUCUAAAUUCAACUCGCUUCCUCUUUGCGACGUGAAUUGUAAAGGUGAGGUUAAACCUGUUAGGCCACACCCAGCCCCUCAUCCCCAGCGCUAACGAACUAGUGGGGAAGCGAUUUUCUGAAAUAUUGACACUCAGCAAAAAACUCUAGGACCUAACAGUAGCGACGACCAAGCAGGGUCUGCUAAAUAUCAUUCGCUGGACAAUAUUUUUUGGACUUCUGUUGUUGCCCACUGGAAAGUACGAGGGACUUGAUUUAAAAACAGAGUUUUCGCUCGUUCCUGCGCUGUAAAGUUCGGACUUUCAACUGAAUACAAACAUGGCAACGACAGAAUCUAUUUCGGAUGGUUUCAUAAAGACGGUCCUACCAUCGGACGGUUUUUAUGUAUCUGAUGACACCAGUUUGGCUUUGCCGCCUGAGAAAAAUAUAAAACUAUCCAACAGGCAAAUGCACGACAAAAGUUUCAGAGUGCAGCAACAAGUACAGCUCACACUGGCUAGAAAAAGCAAACGGGGUAUGUCAAAUGGUAGUUUGCACCGGUCCAGCAGCAUCCCAGAACAAGUUUACAGAUAUGACUGUAUGAGCACAGCACAUCAGGAACCCUACAGUGCAAGCAAGUUUUAUAAUACUUUGAGCAAUGAGAAUGGGUAUGGCAUCCCAAGGAGUUCUUUCUCUGGAACAUAUGUGAGGAGUGAGAAUAUGAAGGGCCCGUCAAUGCGGCUCGAGGUUUCACCAGUGUCGAGCCCGGAGAUGCCCCGUUCCCGAGCCCAAACAAGCUACAAUUAUGAAGUGUUUCACAAGGGGCUUCACACCCUGCCUGCAGCCCAAGCUCCCAUUAACCAGGGAUUCCGUAUGGAGAGCACAAACUACACUGGUAUGCCUAAUAGAUAUGCCCAUUCGGAAAUCUUAAAUUCCAAUAUGUAUAACACAUCUGGACGGGGCCGUUACUACAGCAACAGGCGUCAGCAGGUAUGGAACCAAGGCCGAUCAGAUGAUGCUGUCUUUUUGGAUAACCUUCACUCCAGCCCCAACACCAUACAGUUCCAGCGGCCUGGAACAAGCCGAAGCUUGAGCAACAUCCUGGAUGCAGGCAGGUCAGGAGGCGCCAUGGGGCAGACUCAAGUUCAGAUGCAGAACCGCAAUUUAAGCAUGGGUAGAGAAUCUCGGAAGUACAGCUGGCACCACAACGUCGUCCAGGGAGAACAAAUGUUUCAAGGGAACACGGCACGUGCCUCCCAGCCUCCUUCUGUGUGCAGCAUGCAAAUAGAUGGCAACAUAAUACAGUCGAAGGGGGGUAUGGCGGUAGCUGUUUUGUCAAAUGGAGGAGCUGCUGAACGCCAGACGCAAGCAAGCUUUUCUGGAACACAAACUGAAGCAGCUAAGGGGGAGGCAAUUGAGAUGACUCUAGACAGGGCCAUUUUCUACCUGACUACCAGCAACUCCGAAUGGCAGGUCACUGCUGCAACCUUCAUUCAACAUCAGUGCUUUGUAAAUGUAGACUCGAAGAGAAUGGUGUACUUCAUGCAUGGGAUUCCCAAACUGAUCAAGGCUCUGGAGAGUGACAACGUCGAGCUUCAGCGUGCAGCCAGCGGAGCUCUUCGCAACGUUGUCUUUGAGGACAGCGACAACAAGAUGGAGGUGAAGGAUCAGAAUGGCAUUCCUGUUGUGCUGAGACUCCUCAAACAAACCAGGGAUGUGGAGACCAAAAAACAGCUCACUGGUUUGCUCUGGAACCUGUCCUCUAUUGACAGUCUAAAAGACUUACUCAUCAGGGAGGCUCUCCAGCCGGUCACAGACACUAUCAUUGUUCCCUGCUCUGGUUGGUCAGAUGGAGACUAUCCAAAGGGAGAUCUGCUAUCGGAUCCAGAUCUCUUCUACAACGCCACCGGCAGUCUGCGAAACAUGAGUUCAGCUGGCUUAGAGGGACGAAGAGCUAUGAGGGAAUGUGAAUCUUUGAUUGAUUCUCUUGUGCAUUAUGUUCGGGGUACCAUUGCUGACUAUAAAGCAGAUGAUAAGGCUACAGAGAACUGUGUUUGUAUCCUUCACAACGUUUCUUACCAGCUGGAAUCAGAGCUGCCUGGAAGAUACUUCAAGGAUCUUGCUGGCUCAAGGCGGGACGCCUCCCCACAAGACAAAACACCAGGCUGCUUUGCCACUCAAAGCAGGAAGAUCAAACAGAAAGAUGACCACAUGGUCCCUUUUCCAGAAGAAAAGAGUAACCCGCAUGGUGUGGAGUGGCUAUGGAGCCCAAUCAUUGUGAGAAUGUACCUCUCUCUAAUAGCUAAGAGCACCAGAAGUUACACCCAGGAGGCCUCAAUGGGAGCUCUCCAGAAUCUCACUGCUGGAAAUGGGGUGAUAUCAUGCUCGAUUGCACAGACCAUUAUACAAAGGGAAAAUGGUCUACAGCACAUCAGAAGGAUGCUUCAUUUGAGUGAACCUGGAGUGAAGAAGACAGCUAGUUCUCUGCUGAGGAACCUGUCACGAUAUCCUGAGCUGCAUAAGCAGAUGGCCAACCAAGUACUGCCUGAUCUGGUUUCAGUCCUCCCAAAUGCUGCCAGAGAUCCCCAAGUGCCUGCAGAGAUGAUUGUUUCUGUGUGCUCCAUUCUCAACAACUUGGUGCAGAGUGACUCCCAGAAUGCCCGUGCCAUUCUGAACAAUGAGGGUCUGAAGAAAAUCAUCAACAUCAGCACCAAUGACAGUAAUGUACCAACAAAAGCUGGACAAUCUGCAUCAAUUCUGCUUCACACAAUGUGGAAACACAAUGAGCUACAUAGUGCCUACAAAAAGGCCGGGUAUAAGAAGGGUGUUUUUAUCAACAACAGGACAAUGCGAGCAACUCAGUCACAGAAGGAUUAUUAAAAGACAACUGCAGAGGAACAUGAACAGAGGGACUUUUAAUCAACACUAAUUACAGAAGUUAACUGCACUGCAUUUAAUUGCUUUAUACUCGCUGUUCCAAAACAAGAUCUGUCUAUGAAGAUGGGGUCUGGUUCUGGAGCUAAGCCAUUUUAUUUUGUUGGGAGUGUUCCAGAAAUGACCCCAUGAGAGUGAGAGUGAGAUUGAGAGAUGUGACUGCUUGGUAUUGACUAUUCACCCUCCAAAUCAAUGUUACAUGACAAACUAACAGAAAAUGAAGGAGUCUUUUGUAAUUUACCAGAAUUUUGAUCCGAGCAUCAGCAUUUACGGCCAUGGGCAUAACCAUAUAUUUCUGAGGGAUUUAAACAUAAUGGUUUGAAAAACCAUUCAAUGUGAAGUAGAUGAAAGUAUCCUAGGUGAAGUCUUUGUACAGGAAGCUGAAUGUAAGUGAAUGGUAUGUUAUAUGUCAAAAGUUUAGGGAAAGAAAAACAGUUAUACAAUGCAGGGAGAAAACAAUUGAUAUGAUCCUGUCUAACUCUCAGUAACCCCCACUAAAGGUUCAGAGGAUUUGAGUUUACUCAAGCGUAUUCGUGUAAGUAGCUUGUAUUGCUAACAGUACAAAAUGAAUUAGGUUAAAAAGGUGCACAGAUCCCCUAAAAAAAACAGUUUGGAAAAUGAAUUUAAUUAGCCACCACUUUAGGAAAAUAUAGUUGGUUAAUGUUGCUAAACUUAACAGUUUAGGAAUUUCACUUUAUCAGUUGUGACCUUCAGUGGCACCAGUGCUUAGACUGUCUGUCUCAGGUUUGAAAUACAAGAAAAGAAAGACUGACCAAAUGUGUUUUCAAAGAAAGCAUCAAGUAGUCUUGAUGAAGAUCAGUAAAUUAUUUUGUUUAAAAAUCAAACGUGUUAAAACUGAAGUGUUUUAUGCAGGAAUGUGCUUUCACAAUAAUCUGAUUUCUUAAAGCUCCAGUCCAGUAACCUACAGCUGUGGCCAACAGUUUUGCAUCACCCACAGUUUUAGGAUUGAGACAUAAUUUAAAAAGUAAAUGAAUAAUAAUAAUAAAAAAAAAAACUAUAUGAUUUAGAUCUUGUAAUUAACAUGAUAAUCAAAGUAACUAUAAAAUUAUUUCACAAAAAUGUACCAGAAACCAGAAUAGUAGUACAGUAUUUCAUGUUAGAUGUCACAUUUUUUUAAUUUGUCAAUUUUUUGUUAAGUAAAUGGAU